AUGUCUCCUCAGUUCAACAUCCCGAAGACGCAGGUGGCGGCCAUCGUCGAGACGACCGACGCGCCCCUCAAGGUCGUGCGCGACCACCCCGUGAAGCAGGCGUCGGAGCUCGAGCCUGGCGAGUGCCUCGUCGAGCUCGAGUACAGCGGCGUGUGCCAUACCGACCUGCACGCGCGGAACGGCGAUUGGCCCAUCCAAGCUAAACUGCCCCUGAUUGGCGGGCACGAGGGCGUCGGGCGUAUCGUCGCCAUCGGAGAGCACACGCAGACGUCGCCGGUGAAGGUGGGCGACCGGGUGGGCAUCAAGUGGCUCGCGUACUCGUGCCUCGACUGCGAGCCGUGUCGGAAGGGCCUCGAGCAGAGUUGUCUGAACGGCCGCUACAGCGGCUUCACCGUCGACGGCACCUUUUCCCAAUACGUCGUCUCCUGGGUCACCCACGUCACGCCCAUCCCCGAGAGCCUCCAGUCGGCUGACGCUGCUUCUAUUCUCUGCGCUGGUGUCACCGUAUACCGCGCCAUCAAGUACUCGAACACACACAUCGGCGACUGGAUCGUCCUCCCCGGCGCCGGAGGAGGUCUCGGACACCUCGCCAUCCAGUACGCCGUCGCCAUGGGCCUGCGGGUCGUCGCAGUCGCACCCCAUGCAGACACCGGCGCGGAGAAAAAGGAGCUCUGCCUGAAGCUCGGCGCGGAGAAGUGGAUCGAUUUCCGCGAGACGAAGGACCUCGUGAAGGACAUCGUCGACGCGACGGACGGGCUCGGCGCGCACGCGGCAGUCGUUACCGCCGCGAACGGCCAGGCGUACGCGCAGGCGAUCGACUACCUGCGCAUGGGCGGGACGCUCAUGGUCGUCGGCCUGCCCGCGCGCGCGAGCCUCAGCGCGGACAUCUUCUUCACCGUCACGAAGAGCAUCAGCAUCGUCGGGUCGUACGUCGGCAACCGCCAGGACGCGCGCGAGGCGCUCGACAUCGCCGCGCGCGGGAAGGUCAAGGUGCAUUUCGUGCUCAAGCCGUUGUCGGAGCUCAGCAAGACGUAUGAGGGCCUCGCGGAGGGCACGAUCGUCGGCCGUGUCGUCCUCAACAUGAAGGAGUAG